GUGGGGGAGCAGGAUGAGCUGCCCAGAGACGAUAUAAAGCACGCAGCAGGGAGCACAAGAGCCACCCGGGGCAGAGGUACUGGAGGAGCACAGAGUGGCCUGGCAAUGGAAAAGACUGUGAGGUGUUUGCUGCUGGUCUCUGCCCUCUGCCUGUCUGGCUACGAAGGCAACAAGAGUGAGCUGACGAGCCCACAUGGUUGGAGGCAAGGGGUUAUCCAUCGUCUCAAGAGGAGCCCCGACACCUGCCUGCCAAACCCAUGCCAGCACCAGGGGCACUGCCAGGUGAUAGAGGACAGACCAGUUUGCAGCUGCAAACCAGGCUUCACAGGGCUCUUCUGCCAAGAUGUAGUACUGAAGUUGGCCUGUGAAGAAGAGCACAUGAAGAUGAUGGUCAGGAAGGAGGUGUUUGAACUCUUGAAAAUCCCCCAGGAGCUUGUCCACUUGAAGAACCAGGCAUGCAAGGUCUCAGAAAGGGAAGAAGAGGGCGAGCUGUUUUUUGCAGCCACUCUCACAGGUGAAAACCACACUGCCUGUGGAUCAAUAAUUCAGCAAAACAGCUCCCAUGUGUUGUACUCCAAUGUCAUUGAGUCAGAGCAGGAAGCACACAGGGGCGUGAUCUCCCGGAGUUUCCAGCUGGAGGUGCAUUUCUCCUGUGUCUACGCCUACGAGCAGGUGGUGAAACUGCCCUUUGCUCUCACUGCGGUUGACAAGCUGGUGCAGUUCAUAGUCAGAGAAGGACACUUCAAUGUCAGCAUGAGACUCUACAAGACCCCUUCCUACCUUCAGCCCUAUCACCUGCCGACCGCGGCCAUCCCUGUCACAGACACGCUCUAUGUCCUGCUGAAGAUAGAAGGACAGCAGCAGCUCAAGUACUUCCUGCUGAGCGUUGAGGACUGCUGGGCCACACCAAGCACGGAUCCCUACCAGGACAUGCAGCACAAACUCAUUGAGAAGGGGUGUCCCCAUGACGAGACAGUGACAUACCUGAACACCGUCGGAGAGAGCGCUACUGCCAAAUUCAGCUUCCAGAUGUUUCAGUUUGUUGGUUACCCUGAGGUGUUUCUGCACUGCCGUGUCCGGCUGUGUCUCCCUGACAGCCCAGAGCCCUGUGCCAAGAAAUGCCCCAGGCACUGGAGGAGCAAGCGGGAGCUGGGGGAUGACUACAAUAAGAUUGUCUCCUAUGGCCCCAUCCACCUGCUGGCUGCUCCUUCCUUGGGAGCAGAGACGCACCAUUCUGGAACUGACCAACAGGACCUGGCAGGACCCAACCCAUGGCUCCCCGGGGCCCUCAUCCUGCUGUGUGCACUUGGUGUGCUCACUGUGGCUGCUGCAGCUGUCAGCAUGUGGCGGCAAACAGUGUAGGAAAUGGCUGUUUCCAAAUAAAUGUGACAGUGGCAGA